UAAAGAUUAUUUCUAUGUAUUUGAAUUGUCAUUAAUAUUUGUUGCAUUUAUGUAGCCAUUAAGUAAUAAUGGUUACUAAACAGUGUCCAAAAUGUCAACAGCAUGUACCUGUAGCUUGUAAAGCUUGUCCGUGUGGACAUGUAUUCUUCGUGACUAGACGACCUGUUAGUAUUCAUAAAACUGGCCGUACGGAUGACGGUGAAAUUAAAAGACGACGAACAGAGCGCACGAAGAGGGAAAGACCAGACUAUUUUAAUUCCUUACAAAUUGAAAAUGAGCUUAAAAAAAUGAAAAGUUUGCAAAAGACGCGUAAAAAGUCUGAAAAUAAUUCCAAUGCAAAUGAAAAGGAAGGUGAGGGAUCGAAUAGUGAAGAAGGAAGCGAAGUUGUAAACCCUCCGAGGCCCUCAACCCUGAAUACGAAACAUAGAAAAAGAGGCAGACCGAAAAAGAACUUUUCCAAUGCAGAUAAAACAGAAAAAACUUCUGAAAAGGAUGAUGAUGAUGAUAUGUUUUCCAACUUGUCGAAAGAAAAAGAGCAUCAGUUUAGUAUAAUACUGGCUGAAAUAAAUAGAAAAAUAUAUCAGCAACAAUUUAAAAUUGAUUGAUGAAAAUUUGGUCAUCGAAUAGAGUUGUUUAAAUGACUAAUCAUGAAAAGAAAUCAUCUUAUGAAUGACUGAAAUUUAUAAGUUUUUAUUUUUCAAUUUCAUUUUGUGUAACAAAAUAUUUCCUUUUAUAGUAUGUGAAAUAUUUAAUAUUCAAUAGAUUUCAAAAACAAAUGUUUGUAGUAUUUAGCAUAAGAAUUCAGAUGAGGGAUCUGUACUGCAUUACUUCUGAAAUAAUUUUUCCAGAAUUAAAUUAUGUUCUUCUCUUAUUUAAAAUGAAAUUAUUUGAAUUAUGGAAAAAUUUUUGGCUUUAGUGUAGAAUUGGGUGCCUCUUCGAUUGGUAAAUGGAUUAUUAAUAGCUAUUAAAUCAAUGGUUUGCAGUUUCAUUUUAUAUUACCUAUAAAUGUGAAGAAACUUGUCCACAUAUCUGUAAUUUCUUCACUUAAGUGGAAAGGAUGUUCUGCAUUUUGACUUGAAGGUAAUCGCAGUUUAAUGAUGGAUAAAGCAGAAAUUCUAGGUGAAAGGGAAUUUACAUUGAUGUACAUAAAUUGUGUAUAUACAUUUUAUACUGAAAAAGUUGAUUUCAGUAAGGGUAAAAUCCUAGUAUACGGUGCAGCCCUGGUGCGAUUUUGAAAAUUAUCGCAACACCAAAAAUGACCCGAAGAACGUCUAUGUAUAUAUACGUAGUAUAUAGUGUAUAGUAUGUAUUCUUUGAAUGACUUGUUUAUUAUUCAUCAUAUAUCUCCCGAUUUUACUGCUCAUCAUAAAGUAGCCAAAUCCCAUGUGCACCGGAUACUAGGAUUAAACCCCAGCUUAACUGCUGAAAAUGCACGGCCCAGUUCUCCGCACACUGGUCUGUUAAGGGAUUAAUCCUGAUGUAGACAUGCAUCUUCACACAAGAACGUCUCCACCGCCAUGCUGUACUUUACCAACCAGGGUCUUCGGAUUAAAUUUCUCAUUUUUUCCCCUCCUAACAAUUAUACGCCCAAUGAAAUAAAAAAUGUUAAAUUUGCUUUCAUCUGCAAGUAAGACAUGAUUCUAAUACACUUCGAGCUUAUUUACUAUUAAUUUUGAGAGGAAAAGCCUAAGCUUUCUACUUUUUGCACUUCUAAAAAAUUUUCUUCGAGCAGGGCAUCCAUGUAAAUCUAGCUGAUCUGAAUACUCAUUGGACAAUUUUAAUUCAAGUUGAAGCAGAAGAAACCUCUAAAAUACUCAAACAUGGUUUUUUUUUUUUUUUUUAGAUUUUUUUAACUAUAAAUCUCUGAUUAUGUUGAGUCGCAUUGCAUCCUCUUUGACGGACAACGUCUUCUUACUUUAUUUUUGAUCCGAUUUUCUUCUUUAAAGCAUUUUGUCAUUAUACUGCACUGUAGAAUGGGAUAAAUUUACUAAUUUAGCAAUAUCGCAAAUUGAAUUUCCAUCUUUAUAAUAAAAAAUGAUCAAUUUUCGUAAGCUGUUCGUUGUUUUCUUAUGACUACGAGCCAUCUUUAAACAGUAAAUAAAAUAUAAUGAAGUAAACAAGAAAAAAAUUAAUUAAAAAAAAAGUGGUAGACGAUAAUUUUAUUUAUGAAGUUGUUUCGGUGUACGAUCACUUUAGUUCGGGUUUUUUCUAUGCCUCCUUACAUUUUCAGUCUUAGAAAAAGAAAAUAAGUCGGUAUUAAAAAUGAAAAAGUUUAAUUAAUAUUCGAAUUAAAUUCCAGGUUAAAGUGCUUUUUUUGCAAAGUCUUAAAGCAUGCAAACACUUUUGUAAGACACUAUAUAUCUUUCACAUCAUUAGCAGAUUUGGUAGAAAAUAAGCUGUGCUCCAUACACAGAACUGUUAAUGAUAAAAAAAUAUAUAUCUUAUUAAUUUUGACAUUGUAUUUAAUAUUUAUAUUUAAUUUUUUUGGUGCUUUUCUGUUAAUGGGAUGUCAGUUGCCAAAGCUCCAAAUGUGACACAGCGAAAUGUUGAACUUGAACAACUAAUUUUUAUUAUUAAUGUUAUGAAUUUUACUUUUAAAAUUAAAUAAUUUUUAGCUGUUUUUGAAAAGAAGGGAGAACUUACACUAACCUUUGGUAAAGAAACUUUUAGUACACUGAUCAGCUAAAAGUUUUUAGUACUUGCAUAUUAUCCCAUCAAUUGUGAAAGCAUCAAACUAAUAAAGUUAGCGGAAAUCUCGCCAAAUUUUCAUCAGUUGUUCCUGUGAAUUUCUGAAGGAAAGGAAUUCUAUUAAUACAUACUUUUUUCAUAAUGAUACUUUAUUAAUGUAUGUAAUUUUCAAAGUUAUGGGAUCGUAAUACAUUAGGUAUUACGAUCCCAUAACUUUGAAAAAAAUGCCACCGCUUACUAUUCUGUUGUUGGAAAAUCCCAGAUUUGAGUCUUCCCCCCCCCUUCAAAAUGCUAGGAAAAAAUACAUCAAUAACCGUUAAUGUAUACCCUUGUUCACAAAAGUGAGAUGUAGCUUAUCAGGGUUAUAUCAAACAAAAGUGCAGUUACACUUAUCCAUAAAUGAAGGUAAUAGCACUUCUUGAUAGCAGUUUCAUGGUCAAUGGUAUAAUAUAUAAGUACCAUUCAUUCUAAAAAAAGCUAUUUUCAUCAAAAACUGAAAGUUUAUUUUUAAAAAUUAGCAAUUUAAAUUUAAUUUAGGUCACUAAAAGCACAUAAAUAUUUUCAUUUUAUUCAUUGAUAUGAUGGUUGAGUUAAUAUUUUCUUUCUUAAGGAAAAGAUUAAGAAAGGAAAUAUUAACUCGUUUCUUUUCUCAUAUCUUAACAUUUAUAUCUUGUUACACGGGAUUAGUUACUCAUUAUGCAAGUAUAUCAAAAUUAGCAGUUGAUUAUAUUUUAAAAUUUUUUUGUAAUAGUCUGUGUUUUUCCAUAUCUGCUAUUGAAAUUUUUCCUCCCUCAUUAAGUAUUUGUGUACUAAACAGCUGCUGAAUUUCUUAUUAUAAAGGUUUUUAAAUUCUUUGUAUGCUUCUGUAUAUUAUUUUCUUAAAAAUAUUAUAAAUUUUAAUUUUUUUUUAAAUAUUUGAUCUUACUGCUUAUAAGUAAAGAUUUUUAUAGAGUUCCUUAGUGUCACUUAUAAAAUGUAAUUAAAAAAAGAAAAUUUAUGCUGUUAAAUCCUUUUUUUUUUUUGUUUUGAAACAAUUUUUUUCAGAAGUUAUGAUUUAGGAUUCUACAUGUAAUAUAUAGUAAACAGAUAUGUAUGUAACAUUCAUUAAAAAGUUUUUUCUAUGAGAAAUCAUUGUAUCCUUAAUUAAGGUGUGAAAUUGCGUAUUUAACUUUGCAUUUUAUGAUUUUUUUAAUAUUUUAUGAAAUAAAUCCUUCUCUUCAUUCUGUACAAGCUUUAACACUGCAGACAAAAGCUGAAAAUUUUAUUUUAUGGAAUAAUUUUUCCUAGCAUGUGUCAAGUGAGUUUUCUGUCAUGUCAAGCAAUGAAUAAUAUAUUAUCAUUUUGUAGCAUUAUUUCUAUAAUAAACAGAUGUAAUUUCACAUUCCCAUUUGAAAUCAGUAUUGUGUAUGCAACUUGAAAACUAAUGUGGAAGCUGUGUGGUGAUUACAUCCUUGAAUGUUGAACUUUUUUUAAGUAGAGGUUCCCCUCCCCCAAUUUUAUGUCCAAAAAAAUAUAUUUCAAAGUUAUAUUAUGUACUUUUGAAUUAUCUGCAUCUAAUAAUUUUCAUAUCAUUUAUUGUUUUAUCAUUCUGUUGUAUCUCUAAAAAGUAACAAAUCAUUAUCAUGUUGUAUUUAUACUAAUUAUAUCAAAUUUAUUGUUGAAUAAAGUGCUUUUAACAUGGCAAA